UUGCCCAUAAACUACAGGGAAUUACUCUUCAUUUGACUUCUCUAUCCAGUGAUAUGGCAGGGAGAGGAUGGGCAGCCCCACCGCCCCCACCGUCCAAACAGAAUGUUUGGAGUGGGGGGGACCAGCCCCCGAGCUACGAGGAAGUUCUCCAGGAGACAGAAACCCAACCUUUCCAGGCUGCAGCCCCACUAGUAGCCUCUGGCCUCAACCCACUUUAUCCCUCCGUACCUGCCUAUCAACCACCUGGGGCCUGUCCUCCCGUACCUGGAUAUCAACCACCUGUGGCCUAUCCCUCCGUACCUGCCUAUCAACCACCUUGGGCCUAUCCCUCCGUACCUGAAUAUCAAACACCUGGAGCCCAUGCCCCUGUACCUGGCUAUCAAACACCUGGGACCAACUCACUCCCAAGACCCCAAAGAAGAGAGUCUCUAGAAGUUCAACGUGUCAUGCAUGGGAGAAAAUGGCACAGUCCCCAGACACAGAGCCCAGAAUGUUGGCUAAGAAAGUCCACCGUGUCCAGCGAGCUGUUCAGCUGUUCUGGCUCCUCAUGUCCACCCACGGAGUGA